GGGGCGGGGCUGGCAUUCGAACGGUCUCACUCAGCCGGCGGCAGCGGAUCUAGCAGUGUCAGCUCCUUCUAUCUUCCCAUCUCUCGAAAAACCUCCCGCCUCUUUCCAGAUCUGAAAAAUGGAAGAAGAAAUUGCAGCCCUUGUCAUUGACAAUGGUUCUGGUAUGUGCAAAGCAGGCUUUGCUGGAGAUGAUGCUCCUCGUGCUGUGUUCCCCUCAAUUGUUGGGCGCCCACGCCACCAGGGUGUUAUGGUUGGUAUGGGCCAGAAAGAUAGCUAUGUAGGAGAUGAAGCUCAAAGCAAGAGAGGUAUCUUGACCCUGAAGUACCCUAUUGAACAUGGUAUUGUCACCAACUGGGAUGACAUGGAGAAAAUCUGGCAUCACACUUUUUACAAUGAGCUUCGUGUUGCCCCAGAGGAACACCCUGUUUUGCUUACAGAAGCUCCUUUGAAUCCCAAGGCCAACAGAGAGAAGAUGACACAGAUCAUGUUUGAGACCUUCAACACUCCAGCCAUGUAUGUGGCUAUCCAGGCUGUGCUGUCCCUCUAUGCCUCUGGUCGUACCACUGGUAUUGUAAUGGACUCUGGAGAUGGUGUCACACACACUGUGCCCAUCUAUGAGGGUUAUGCCCUUCCUCAUGCCAUCCUGCGACUUGAUUUGGCUGGCCGUGACCUCACAGACUACCUCAUGAAGAUUCUGACAGAAAGAGGCUACAGCUUCACCACCACAGCCGAAAGGGAAAUUGUGCGUGACAUAAAGGAGAAGUUAUGCUAUGUUGCCUUGGACUUCGAGCAGGAGAUGGCCACUGCUGCUUCCUCUUCCUCUCUGGAGAAGAGCUAUGAAUUGCCUGAUGGUCAGGUGAUCACCAUUGGAAACGAGAGGUUCAGGUGUCCAGAGGCCCUCUUCCAACCAUCUUUCCUUGGUAUGGAGUCCUGCGGCAUUCAUGAGACCACUUUCAACUCUAUAAUGAAGUGUGAUGUAGAUAUCCGAAAAGACCUGUAUGCCAACACAGUAUUGUCUGGUGGUACCACAAUGUACCCUGGAAUUGCAGACAGAAUGCAGAAGGAGAUCACAGCACUGGCUCCUAGCACUAUGAAGAUCAAGAUCAUUGCUCCUCCUGAGCGCAAAUACUCCGUCUGGAUUGGUGGAUCCAUCCUUGCAUCUCUCUCUACCUUCCAGCAGAUGUGGAUCAGCAAGCAGGAAUACGAUGAGUCUGGCCCAUCCAUUGUCCACCGUAAAUGCUUCUAAAUGGACUAUUGGCAGAAGUGCAGCAUUUGCUGCAUGAGUUUUUCACCAGUAUAAAUUUGCCUGGGCAAAUGUAUACACCUCAUGCUAGCCUCAUGAAACUGGAAUAAGCCUUCUCUUCAAAACAUUGUCAUUGGGAAGCCUGUCUCCAAUAAUCCUGUGAGGAUGUCUACCUGUUGCUGAUAUGACCCUGUACUCAAGUUAACUGUUCCCUUUGUACAUAGCAGUAUAACCGUACCCUAUACACAUCUGGCCUAGGACAGGUGGUAUUCACAAAGGUUUAACUUGGUGUCUGUAACUUCCUGGGGCAGUGGUCUCAGUGUAACCAGCAAAGUUACAAUGGAGUUUGAGGCUAGAUCUGUACAGGGUAACAAAAGAUCAGAAUUCCACUACACAAAGCGCUAAUAAUUCCAGGUCACUAUUGUUGAGGCUGGCAAGAGUUUGUGAAAAGGAUGGCCAUUUUUGUCUUGCCACUGUUCCUAGCGGGGUUGGAAACAUAUCGCAUCCAAGCCUUAUGAACCUGUUUUUCUUUUCUUGCCCUCCUGUAUUCUAGCAAGACAUCACAGGGCAAAGUUGCUCAACUUGAGUUGCUCCAAUGUUUGCAUUGACACCUGUAAAUUUAAUCAUCAGGUUUAAUUUAUGUAAGAUUUUUUGUACGUUGCCUUAAUGUUGUCACAUGACAGUAGAAAACCAAAAUUUGUAAGUCAUCCUGAAGUUGAGAAGUGUAAUGCCCAACACGUCAUUGUGAAAGGAAAAUAAAGCGCUGCAGUAAAUGAAA